UUUCCUUUUAAAGGAGCCCGGCUGUAGUGCACGGCUGUGGCUGUUUGGUCUUUUUUUUGUCUUUUCCUUAUUCUUUUAAACUUUGUUUAUUCCGUUUAUUUAGCAAGCAAGCGAUUGUUUUGUUGGAACUUGAAAGAAGUUGCCCCUUGACUAGGCACUGGGCUUCGGAUAUCCACUUGGACUAUUUUCCACUCUACUCGGAAGCGCUUUUCUUUUCUCCUUCUUCUUCCUUUCAUCAUGCCACCCCCGGCCGCCACAGCCAACGGCCACGCAGCAGCAAGCCCUCGCAUGCCCGUCAAGCAGAAAAUGGCCGUCUCGCUGAAAUCGCUCAUGAACUCGGUGCUGGGCGCCGUGCCGGCCUCCGUCGCGGGGCAGCUGGCGGCACCGUCGUCGAGUGGGGGCUCGGCGCCGAUGGAGGUGCUGUUUGACAAGACGAGCGCCGAGGUGGACGGCGACGAGUGCCUGCACGACUGCGAGAGCUGCUCGGUCAAGUACCCGCGCGGCUUCAAGAUUGACGAGGAGGACGUGCUGUACGGGCAGGUCAAGGGCUGGAGCACGCAUGUGCUUGUGGGGACGGGGAAGAGUGACUGGGUGAGGGAUGUGGCUGAUGAGAAGGGCAGCGUGAUGGAGGCGAUUCAAAAGGUUGGCGGAGUGACGAAUGGGAGACUCAUGCUGUCCGCAUCCAACAUUCCCACGCCUCACGACACCCAUGACUACUCAGAGCCCACCACCGUCAUCCUCCUCCCAGCCUUUGUCACCGUGCAAAACGUCCAUCCAAAGAACGUUUCCCAGCUCAUCACCGGCGUCAUCAACAAUGCGCCCACAAGCGCAUCGCCUCUCGUCCCCUGGCGCUCUGUCAUCCCCGCCUCACUCCCCAGCCCAGACGCCUCAUUAGCAGAUCUCACAAUCAACCCAUGUCCGCACAGUGCCGUGAUCCUCCUGUGCAGCCAGAAGACGCGUGACGCCCGCUGCGGCCAGAGUGCGCCGCUUCUACGCAAGGAGCUGGAGAGACAUUUGCGUCCGCUGGGCCUCUACCGCGAUUUGCACGACGAGAGACCGGGCGGAGUGGGCAUCUACUUCAUUAGCCAUGUCGGAGGCCACAAAUACUCUGCUAAUGUGAUGGUUUACCGACGGCCGAAUCCUUUUGGCAAGGAUGACGAGCCGCUGCCCGAAGGAGUAGUGGAAGCGGUGGCGGCAAAGGAAGAUGCUGAGGAAGAAGCCAAAGAUGAGAGGAAAACAAAGACUGAAGAGGGAGACAAGGAAGAUGUGGGAGCUGCGCAGUGCAUUUGGUUGGCGAGAAUAAGACCAGAGGACUGCGAGAAUCUGGUGAGAUAUACCGUGUUGAAGGGUAAGGUUGUCAAGCCCGAAAGGCAGCUGAGAGGAGGAUUUGAUAGAGGCAGGGGGCUGAUGAGUUGGUAAAUGUCGAGUGGUGAAUGAAUUGCGAUGCUCUUUUUUCUUCUUCUUCUUCUUCUUCUUUUCUUUUACUUUAGCUUAUUUUAUUCCAGAAUGCCUUUUCUUUUCGUUUUCAGCUCGAGUUGCUGCCUUCAGCCUCGGCACAUGAGGACACACACAUGGGUUUUAUAUAGAAUGUACACUUGGCAUUGCGGCGAUAGAAGUGAGGCGGUACCAAUACCUUGACGAGGCGAAUGAAAUGAAUCAUCAUCUGCUG